AUGGUUGUUGUCGAAGGCAAGCAUGACGAGAAAGAGGACAAGGAUGGCUUCAUUGCCAGGUCAUUCACCAGAAAAUACAUACUUCCGAAAGAAAUUGAUCCAGCUACAGUUUCUUCAAGCCUGAACUCCAACGGAGUCCUCACCAUUGAAGCAUCGAAGAAUAUCGUCAAGGGCACUAAAGAACGAACCAUCCCAAUCGAGUUGACACGUCACAGAUAA